AUGGACGCAGCGACCACCGUUCUAUCGCUCGUCGCAUCGGCGGCCACCAACUUGGCUAUCGCUACGCCGGCGCCCAGCUCAUCACCUUACUUCGCCGCGUCUGUGUCGUCGUCACCAACUUCUACUAUGCUCUACUCGUAUAACGCGACGGCGUCGGGCGACGAUUCAAAUGGGGAAGACGACGGAGAGUGCAAACUGCUCGGGCCGUUCUCUUUGCUAGUGCAGGCUGCUCUUGGGGCUUUGGCACUGUCGUCACUGGUCUACAAGCGGUGGAGGGAACGUCCUCAGCGACCACUCAAAGUCUGGGCUUUUGAUGCGUCCAAGCAAGUCUUUGGAUCGGGGUUGCUCCACUUGGCGAAUCUCUUGAUGUCCAUGUUCUCGGCGGGUGAAAUGCAGGUCCGAAAGUCGUACAAACCCAACCCUUGUUCGAUCUACCUGCUGAACUUGGGUAUCGAUACAACUCUCGGUAUUCCAAUCCUCAUUCUCAUUCUCCGACUACUCAACUACAUCGCAUUUUAUACUCCACUGGCCAAUCCGCCCGAAUCCAUCGAAUCGGGCAACUAUGGCCAGCCACCCCGGGCCAUCUGGUGGCUGAAACAGUCCAUGAUCUACUUCGUCGGUCUUCUCGGCAUGAAAGUCUGCGUCUUCUUCCUCAUCUCACUCUUCCCAUUUAUCAUCAAAGUCGGCGACUGGGCUCUAGGCUGGACCGAGGGCAACACCGCACUUCAAAUCGCCUUUGUCAUGCUGCUCUUCCCCGUCAUCAUGAACGCCCUCCAAUACUACAUCAUCGAUCACUUUAUCAAGAAGCACGGCUCUCCCGACGCCUACACGGCUCCCAACAUGCCAGAUGACGAGGAUGAUGCUCAGCGCCGCGCAGCCCUGUUAGAUGGCUAUGACGAUGCCUACUCCAGCGACUCCGAAACCGAAGAGUCGGGCUCGAAACCCACCGUAACGGUAUCCGAGGCAAACCCCAAGACCAAGGCGAGCGAGCUUCCUGGCUCGGAGGAAAUGCUAACGGAGGAUUUUUCACCGGUGCCGCCUUAUGAACCCCCAAGUUCGAGCAGUAGCCGCAGUGAGCGGAAGUGA